AUUUCCGGUGACGCGCGCGAAACGCGGGAAUUUUGAAACCGUUCGCGCUUUUUUUUGCAUUUAAACUACUAACUAGGGCUUAUUUUAUAAAUUUAAUAGUUUUUUUUAGCACAGGGGUUUAGGGUGAGUGUAAAAAUUAAGCACAAAUUAACGGAAAAUGUUUUAAAAUACAUGAAAGUCGUACUUACAAGCCCCGAGGCCUAACGAAUGUACUAUCGACAAUUGUACUAAUGGGGGCUAUCAGUGCACAAACCCCCAAUUUUUAACGUUAUAAAGCAGCUUUCAGAAGCGAAACUAAUAUGGGGUAGCCAAUAAACCCUGAGGAGCCUUAUUACACCCUUAAAACCCCCUCAAACAACCCAACUGAAUAAAAAAAAGGCAAUUUAUCAAUUGUACAACGCCAAGUACACCGAAAAAACCGCACAUGGGAGCUCCGACGACCUUGAAAAAAAACGUAAAUAUAACCUGAAUGUUUCCCAGGAAGCCCCUUUUGAAUUUCUGGUUGAAUAGCGCGUUUCGGGGCUCCCAAAUGAGCGUUUUCGUGCAAAAACUGAACCCCCUGACCGGCCAGAACGACUGGACGAUGCAGAACGAGGACUACGACUACCAUCAGGAGGUGGCCAGGUCGGCCUUCGCUGACAUGCUACACGACACCGAGAGGAAUCAGCUGUACGAAAAAGCCCUAAAAAGAGCCAUUGACCAAAUGCACUCCUUAGGUAAAAAAGCCAAAGUUCUAGACAUAGGUACGGGGACAGGGUUGCUCUCAAUGAUGGCAGCCAGGAAUGGUGCCGACCACAUAACCGCUUGUGAGGCCUUUAAGCCUAUGAGCCAGUGUGCUUUGAAGAUAAUUGAUUUAAACGGGUUCAAAGAUAAAAUUAAAGUUAUCCCCAAAAGGUCUACUGAUUUAACUGUGGGGGAGCAAGGGGAUUUGGGGGAGAGAUGCAAUAUUUUAGUUACCGAGGUCUUUGACACCGAAUUAAUUGGGGAAGGGGCUUUAUCAACCUUCGAUCAUGCUCAUAAGAACUUAUUGGAGAAGGAGUGCAUCGUUAUACCAGAUAAUGCAACCAUUUUUGCCCAGGUGGUCGAGUGCCCCCUCGCCCAAAACUGGAACAAACUCAAGGACAUUUACAAUGAUGACCUUGAGCUUCUUCUAAAGGUGCCGGAGACUAUUAAAAAAUGCCCAGGCUCCGCUGCUGUCCACGACAUCCAACUGAGCCAGCUCCCCUUGUCGUCAUUUAACACCCUUGUACCGCCCACUCCAGUUUUAAAAUUUGACUGGUCAGGCAAGACCCCGUUUAUCUUCAAAAGGUCCACAAUUAACACUGUAAAGAGUCUCAGGGAUGGAACCGCCCAAGUGGUUUUCAUGUGGUGGGAGCUUCAGAUGGACUUUUUGGGGGAGCAUGUGCUCAGUUGCGCCCCGUUUUGGGCCCACCCCAAGUCCAAGGGGGCUCUGACCACUGAAAUACCUUGGAGGGACCACUGGAUGCAGGCCAUUUACUAUUUACCCCAAGAAGUCAGAGUAAAAAAGGACCAAGAGCUUCACCUCAUUAGUUGCCACGACGAGUAUUCCCUCUGGUUCAACCUCACCACCCACCUAAAAUUAUCGCCUGAACACUACCUAAACCCCGUCUGCGAAUGCGGUUUGCACGUGGCCUUUUCCAGAACGAGAAUCGGCCAAUUAAACGACUCGAAACGUAAUAAAACUUACGUGAAAAUACUGGAGAAACACGUAAAACCGGACAGUAAAAUCCUCUUUUUAAGUGACGGGUUUUAUUGCGGAUUGGUGGCCUCCAAACUGGGCGCAUCCAAACUGUAUUUCCUGGACACCAAUUUGCUCUCCAGAAGGGUUUUGAAGGACUUUAUAAAGUACAAUAACAUCGAAAAUGCCGUGAUUGUGGAACAAGCGGAAGAUUUAAGGGAAAUCGACAUGAAUGGGGUCACCAUUGUCUUCGGGGAACCCUAUUUUAGCAGCAGCAUUUUACCCUGGGAUAACUUGUAUUUCAUGUAUUUAAAUAAAAGCAUUAAGAAAAUCUUGCAUAACGAGGUGAAGAUUUUCCCCAAAAAAUGUGUGGUCAAGGGUGUCGCGGUGAGGUUCGACGAUUUGCACAAGAUUAGGACUCCGUUAGGGACCUGCGAGGGUUUUUCGAUGAGGAACUUUGACGAUUUGAUUCUGGAAUCCAGUGGGAUCAGCGACGAUAACGUCGAGGCACAGCCCUUGUGGGAGUAUCCAGCUACGGCGCUGUGUGAGGCAGCUACCAUAGCUGAGAUAAGUCUGGAUGAAGAAGUGAGGACUCUCAUUGAGACUGAGGGAACCUUUACUAUUGAAUGUGAUCUCCGAUGCAACGGGGUCGUCCUAUGGGUGGAAUGGCACCUGGACGACACCCUAAAGACAAUAAUUUCAACUGGACCCACAGCACCCAUCGAAAUAGGGAAGAAAAUCCCCUGGGACAUGUACACCAGACAGGGAGUCAAUUUGUUCCAGGAAAAACCCUCGAAAACCCUCUUGUACGGUUUUAAUUUUAAUAUUUCGGAUGGAAAUAUCAGUUUUAGGGUGAAAUCUUGAUGCUAAUAAAGGAGGUGUUGUUUA